AUGGUGUGUGAUAAAAAAGAAAGUAAAGAAAUUGCGGACGAAUUUACGGGCAGUUAUUGCCUUAACCCACUUAAUGAGGAAAAAAUACCAAUUUGGAUAACUAAUUUUGUCAUUAGUGAUUACGGCACUGGCGCGGUAAUGAUUGCGCCUUAUUUUUCCCAAGAAAAGGAGAAUUAUCAAACAAAGCUAAAAGAAUAUCAAAAAGACCAAGAGAUAGAAAAAAUUAACCAGCAAUUAGAAAAAAAACAAACCGAAGACAAUAAGAAAGAAUUACUAAAAGCGGAAGAAUUGCCGUUAAAAUUGCCUUCUUUAAAGUAUUUUGCUCCUGACCCUCGUUAUUAUGCUCCUUUGCAAAAAGAUGAAAAUUGGAAUUUUUUCCCCCAAGGCAUGAUUUUAGGAACCGACGGCGAGAAAAUGUCGAAAUCACGAGGGAAUGUGGUUAACCCAGAUGAGUUAGUAGAAAAAUACGGAGCCGACGCCUUACGACUUUACGAAGUAUUUUUAGGUCCGCCCGAACAAACUACUAAAUUUGACCCGGAUGGUGUGCGAGCCACUAAAAAAUGGUUAGACCGAGUAUAUAAUUUAUUUACUUUACACCGGGGAAAAUUUACCACAAAUAGUGCUAAUAGUGCGGAUAAACAAUUAAAAAUCUGCUACCAAAAAACAGUAAAAAAAUCUAACGCGAUACCAAUCGAUUAUGCUUUGGUUUUUUGUCAAUUAUUAAACCCGCUAGCACCUCACCUUAUGGAAGAAUUGCCAAUACUUUCCUCACAAAUAAACAUAGUGGUUCAAAUUAAUGGCCAAAAAAAAGUAGUAAUUUCCCUAAAACAAGAGCAAAAUCAGUCCGAAAUUGAAGCAAUGGCCAAAAGUGACCCGAAAAUAAGUAAAAUAUUAGGAGAACAAAGAAUUAUAAAAAUAGACGGGAAAAAGAAGAAAAGUUCGGAAAAUAAUCCAAACCAAAAAUCACCUCAACCGCCGAAUAAUGAUAACCCGUCGGACAAUCCCGAACCAGAAAUUAACCACGCUUACCAAGAAAUUGAAAAAGAAUUAGGCAAUUCCACCGAAAUAAAAUUAGUUAGCCCCAGUGUAGUGCGAGUUAUCCAAGCAGGUGGUGAAAUUAGCGAGGAUUUGAAAAAAGCCAAAAUUAUAUUCUUUCCGAUAAAUAAUUCUGAAAACCAUGAAGCAGGCGACAGCGGAAAUCAUUGGACUUUGUUGGUUCUUCAUAAGGAAGGAAAGAUUUUGGGCGGCUAUCAUUAUAACUCUCUCGACUCUUCUAUUACUGAUAAUGCCAAAAAACUAACUGAUAAAUUUCGGCAAAAAUUAAAUAUAAAGGAGGAGAAACAUGUACUCUAUCCAGCAAAAAAUCUUCCCCAGCAAACUGAUGGUGUCGAUUGCGGAGUUUAUGUAAUUGCUUUUACACGGGCUUUGAUUAAGAGAUUUCGAGAAGACAAUUCCUAUCAUAAUUGGGGUUUGAAAGAGGAAGAUUUAAUUUUCACCAUUGCCGAAGAAAGACAAAAAUUAAAAGCGGCGGGUUUUCCCAAAAAGGAUAAUAUCGGUGAUGACGUUGAAUAUUUAGAAAAUAGAGAAAGUGGCGAACCGUAUGACCAUGCCGAUAAAUUUAAAGAAUUUAGCAAAAAAGUUCGUUUAUUAAGUGGCACAAGCAAAAUAGAAAAAGAAAAACUUAACCAAAUCUACCGAAUUAAAAAGAUUUUAAAAGCAUGUAGUUUGCCGUUAGAGGAAUACAAAAAAACCAAAUCUUUUAAUGGUAAAGACAAUUUUCGGGAGGACAAAAUAACCGCAGAAGAAAGCCAAUUUGUGAGAGAAAAUAUAAACGAGGAAACAGUUGAGGAAAUAAACAAUUUAUAUAAUGUAGCAGUGUUAACCACUGCCUUUUUGCUGGCGAAUAAAAACCCCACUCCGACUUCUCGGUCAGCUCCAAGUGAUAGCCCGAAUUUAACUAACACCAAAACCGAAGUGAUUACUACCAUUGAAAGAAAGCUGAGUGCUGACAAUAUCAAAAAUGAUGAUUUGUUACAACAACUAAAAUCUGAUCAUAGCUUAACUGCUGGGGAAAAUAAUUGA